UGUCGGAAGGAUCAGGAUCAGUAUCAGUAUUAGGAUCUGUGCCCGUCACUCAUCGACAGUGCCAGCACCAGCAUCAGCCAUUCAGACAAAUUGGUCAUCAUAGCCAUGGCUCAACAGGUUCAAGGAAAGACUGCCAUCGUGACAGGAGCCGGGUCAGGAAUCAAUCUCGAAUUUGCUCGCUUGUUACUCCAAAACGGCGCGAAUGUCGUCUUUGCCGACCUAUCAUUGCGACCCGAGGCGGAGGAUUUGGUCAAGCAAUACCCGAGCAAGGCCGUGUUCAAAAAGACCGACGUGACGUCGUGGACCGACCUGAAUGAGAUGUUCACCACGGCCGUGUCGAAGUUCGGCGGCGUCGACAUCGCGUGUCCCGGAGCGGGUGUAUUCGAACCUCCGUGGAGCUCCUUCUGGCACCCUCCCGGGUCGUCUCAAUCCAGUGACGAUCCUCUUGGUGGUCGGUACAAGCUCUUGGAUAUCAACCUCACCCACCCGAUCCGAGUGACUCAGCUCGCCAUCUCCCACUUUCUGGCCGCGUCGCCCCCCUCGAGCCCCUCGAACCCCAAAUCCAUAGUCCACAUCGCCAGCAUCGCCGGAGAGACAGUCGGGAUAGGGUACCCUCUGUACCACGUGUCCAAACACGGCGUGCAGGCUUUGGUCAGGUCUUUGGAAAGUCUGGACGAGUCUCACGGGAUCCGAGUGACUUGCGUCAUGCCGGGAGUGGUCAAGACCCCUCUGUGGACCGAUCACCCGGAGAAACUCAAGCUGGUGAAGCAGGAAGGGGAAGAUGCCGACCACUGGGUGACCCCGGAAGAGGUCGCACAGGUCAUGUUGGCUUGUGUCAAGGACGACAGGAUCGACGAGAGUAUAAGGGGUGGGACCGCCAACGGAAGUGCGAGCGGUGGUGGGAUUGCGAUCAAAGGAGGUUCUUGCCUCGAGGUUUUGGCAGGCUAUGUGAGGGACGUACCUCUUUUGAACAACGUCGGACCUUAUGCUUCGGGAGAACCGGGGGCGACGGUGCAAGGAGGGAAGAAAUUGUUGGAUGAGAUUUAUGGUGUGUUGAAGCCUGGUUGGGGAAAGUAUUGA